AUGUACUACUAUCAUGGAACCACACGUUCAUUCGAGCAAGCUCCGCCUCAAGCUCCUGCUUUUAACCCCUCUCAUGGUGUUCACCCGUAUGGGUCCGACGUAGACCAGAGUGUCACAUUCACAUCGCCCUCGUAUACGGUGUCUCCCGCGUCUGUUGCGGUUCUUGCGAAUCACCCCGUUCAAGCUAGUUGGAGUACGCCGAUGCAGCAGUACUCGGGCAUGGAUUACAAUGGAUUAACAGCUGAACUGCUCUCUGCACAUCCAACUACCAACGAAGGGAGUAACCAGGCUCCGUAUGCGAUAUCAAACGAGCUGCCUGGUCAAAACCCCCAGGAAAAGCCGGUUCAUCUUCAGAGAGAUCAGAACUCUAACAGCUGGGAACAUUUCUCACCCUUGUCCUACGGAGUCGGCAAUGAACAAUGGUUGGCCAUGAACCAACAUCCUUUGGUUCAACCGGAGUCGUACGCUCAACCGUCCGCUACCGGUGAAUCCUUUCAAGCUCCCGGGGCAACCUAUAGCUUGCCUGAUGUUAAUCGCCAAGCCCUUGUAGCAGACGAAUCAGCAAACCACACUAUAAUAAAUCGGGAUCGGCCUCAUCCGCAAGCGUUAAUCAAUGUCCCCUUCCCCCCCGGCAUGAUACCACACCAAAUGCUUCCCGGCCAGUCCAAAGGCAGACGCCGCCGCCGCCGCCACGCGCAUAUAAAAAAACCAUACUCGCAUCAUACAGGGUAUAAAGCCGGAUUAAACUCUACCCAUCCUGAGUUCACAGGCAUAUUGAACGACAAGGAGUCUGAUGGUACAAGAAUUUCAGCUUCAACCAAUGACGACGCAAAUUCUCCUGACAUACAUCGUCCCGAUCCGGACAAAGGCAUAGGCCAACCUCAAUUUAUUUGGUCGGAGACCAGUCAAGAAAAAUUCAAACUUGACUGCGAAAGCGCCGGAGGCGAUUAUGAUCAGGCGCUUGACCGCAUGGCAUUCGGGUGCAAGUACUUCAGCCCCAAGUUGGGUCGCGGGUGCUGGUCAACAGACUCAAUCCAAGACCUGAGUUGGUUACUCAAUAUCACACAAGGAGAACAUGACGGCAAAGGUUUUUUCCCUAGAGAUGAUGCAGAGUGGUUUCGCCACUUGGCCAUGCACCGUUAUAACGAAUGGGUCGAAUCCGGGUAUAACUGGAGCUCUAUGGGGAACAAGGCCUCCGAGUGGAAUGAAGCAAAGAUUGACCAUCAGAUAAUAAAGGAUAUUAUGGAGCCAACAAGUCAAAAGCGCUAUCCUAGUGAGGAAAGUAAUUGGCCGAGCGUGGAGGUGAUGAUGGAAUGGCUGAAGGCUAGCAAGGCACCCAACAAGUACUCUCAAUAUCUAGCAUAUCAGCAUGAGACUCAAGCUUACCGGGAAUUUGUUUAG